AUGGGUUUGAAUGUCGUUCUUAGAGCUGUUGGAAAAAAGCGUUUUGGGCGUAGAGCGGCGCUCUGUGGUGUAGAAGAUAGCGCAUCUUCUAGCCGGACUUCCUUUGUUGUUGAUGAAGUCAGUAGCAUCAUUAAAGAGGCCAUCGAGAGUGCCAUAGGUGGCAAUGCCUACCAGCACAGCAAAGUGAACCAGUGGACAACAAGUGUGGUGGAGCAAACACUGAGCCAGCUCACCAAGCUGGGGAAGCCCUUCAAGUACAUCGUGACCUGUGUGAUUAUGCAGAAGAAUGGUGCUGGGCUGCAUACAGCAAGCUCUUGCUUCUGGGACAACUCCAGUGAUGGAACCUGCACUGUGAGAUGGGAGAAUAAGACCAUGUACUGUAUUGUCAGUGCCUUUGGACUUGCAAUAUAGUUGCCUUGAAACCGUUCAUGCUUUUCUAUUCCAGCACUUGACUCCAUCUCCAUUCAAACUGUGAAUACCUGAACAACUUGCUUUUACAUUUUUUAAGUAACUUUUCUUCAGACAUAGAAAUAUGAAAACCUGUUGUUACAUGGUUUAUGUUUGUACCUAGUAUUGUACCAGUGUUGCCACACUUUCUUAACACCUCAAAACUUCUCUUGAAGGUGCUAAUACUGAAAUCUGCUGCAGUGUAGACACUUUCUCUAGAUUUCUUUUUUAAGACCAAUAUAAAUGAGACACUGACUUUCACACUUUGUACUUUUGGUUAGCAUUAAAUUAUUGACAUUCAUAA